GCUGAACACCGAGCCGGAAGCAGGAAAAGAUAAAUAUGUUGGGAUACUAACAAACUGGAACAAAACAUCGUCUUCAGACAACAAUUGCACUGUAAAAAAAUACUUUGCUUUCACAAGUCUCUGUAAAAUUCCUAUAAAACUAUCCCUCAUUUUGAUUACAAAUGUUGGUUAAAAAUAGUUCACUCUCUGCUAGUAGUAGUAGAGUAGUAAUUAUUGACAAUAAUUUAAGUAGAAUAAGUGCCGAACAGCUGACGGAGAAAUUUGAAGGAGAGCAUUGUUACUGCAGUUAGUUGAGUUAGUGAGGGUUACAAUUUAUUGGCUUACCCAACUUAUUAUAUGAUAUUACAGUCUGUUUCUAGCAGUUGUUACGCACUGACUUCUAUUGUGAGAAAUUAACCUCUUGUUUUAUGUUAUGGCUCCUCAAAACAGUGCCUAACAAAGGAAGAUACCAUAGUAGGCACUUGGAUACAAAAUUUAAAAAAAUUCAAAUAAUUUUUUUAAUAGCACAGUUAGUUAGAGCUAAUUUCAAAUAAAAAAAUGAAACCAGAAUCAACUUUUUAGCUUAAGUACUUUUUGAGCUAUGAAUUUUUAAAGUGUGAGUUCGUUUGGUAUUUUUUACUAUGGACGAAACCUCCACAUCUUGUGACCUCAUUCCGCUGAUCGCGUCAUGCGCAAUGACUAUAUACUUUAUAUAAGGCAACGCAUCGCCUUAUCACUAAAAUACUGUUUAGGGUCGACUUAGUUUAAACUUUCAACUUUGGCACAUGAAUAAUUAAUUAAAGCUUUCCCUGACCAAUGGUAUAGUAGUUUUUGCACACGGCAAACUCUUAUGAAUGAAACUCUGAGGUAGUACUACGAUACAGCCGUUAUGCAAGUGGCUGUGAAUGGUUGCCAAUGACAACGUGUUGCACACGGUAAAUUUUGAUCAUUUAUAAUAUGGAUUCUACCGGGUUGUUAAAGCUCAAAUUAAAACAUUCCAGUUUAAAUGUCUUCAAAAUGCAUUCUGAAACACAAGUUAUCAAUUAUUUUGAUGUAGAUAGUGGUAAUAAAUUAAUAUUUCCUAAGUAUCGGCAACUUCCGCCAUUACAAAGGGGGCGUGGCCCACCCCAUGGCGAAAUUAGGUUGAGCGAGCUGCAUGACCUGCUGCGAACGCGUAGAAACAUAGCGUCUCUCGUAAGACACUUAUCGCUGUGAAAAUUGGCAUACAUGUAGAUCAAUAGAUUCCCCAGAUGCAAAAAAAAUUUGGUAGUGACAAAUUUUUUCCUUCGACUUAAUUUUAAUGAUGAAAGUUGCCUUAUAUUUACCAAGGAUUUUCUCAAAGCUGACUGAUUGUAAAUGAAAAAGAAAUUGAUUAAAAUGUAGGCCAAGAUGUCUACCUAAUUAUAAGGCCGAAAACGGAACUCAAAUAUAUAUCGAAAGUACUAAUUUAAUAAUAAAUAGACACACACAUCGGAAAAUUAAAAACUCGGAUUUUUUGGCGCCGAUUGCGAAAUCCCAUACACAAAAAGUAGUAGUCUCCCUUGACUUACCGAAGUAUCUAUACCAUAGUGUCUAUUGCCUCCUGUAUUCCAACCCCCAGUUAAUAAAACCACUGCUGAGUCGCCCUUGCAACCAGUGAAGUAUCCCAUUGAAACCCAUGAACAGUAACAUCGCAAACCCCUCUGAAACAUAGAAGCCAGAAUGAUCAAUUCAUUGAUCGUGGGCCCUUAAAAUAAAGAAGAAGAAGAAGAAAUACAUUAACAAAAAUAUGACACUGAAAACAGUACCAAUUACAAUUAAUAAAAUUUAAUUUAGUAAGAAUACAAUUAUAAAACAAAAGAAAUAUAAUUACAAAUGAUCAACUUACAGAGUCUGGUAGAUCUUGUACCAGUACACAGUUAGUACAAUGUGCCAAUUAAUAAUGUACAAUGAUGAAAUGCGAAUAAACACAUAUAUAAGAACACAAAGAAUAAUGCAAAUCUCGUAUAGUUACAACUAUCUAUCUGAAUCUCCGUCCCUCUCUGUGCCUGUCAAUCCCUUAUAUAUGUGGGUCAACCAACGCGUCUUACUUAGAAAUGCCCUUACUUUUCUAAUACAAUCGAGAACCUUCGACAAGAUACUAGUAGACCUACUAACCAUGUUUAAUUGGAAGGCGGUAGUAAACAAGAUACAUCAAAGGAUUUAACCACGCCCACAACAAAUGUUACCGUCUGCUAGGAGUCUAAUGCGGGGGUCAAAGAAAGUUCACGCUUUGGGAAAAAGUGUACUACAUAACACAGUUCAGUUAAACAUACAGUAUUAUAUAUAACAGUUUGUUCGUGGGUCUUACUGUGAAUAUACUGCAACGAUACUAAACAUUUCCAAAUAUAGGACCUCAGCGAUCUAUAAUAAAAAUUCAAUGUAGUAAUGUAGGUACAUUAAUACUCUCUAAGUCUAAGCACAGCCAAUCAUGGACGUUGCAAAAUGUUGCAAUUCAAUACUUUUAUAACAUGGGUUUGGAAACUAGCCUAGUUAUCAGACUGUCAUACAUAUUUUUGUAAAUUGAAAAGAGCUGAAAUGAUGACAUUUGUUUAUUGCAUUUUUUUCUUGACAUUGAAAGGUUUUUAGGAAAGACAUGGAGCUCUCUUGACAUCCUUUCAGUUGCCAUGAGUGGAUAAUAAAGUUGGAAUUCAAUAUUGAAGAAUUAACAUAAUGGUGAGUAGAGUCAUUUCAACAAAUAUUUUUGCAAUACUUAAUUGAUUAAUAUUGAAUCUGCUGAAUUGUAAAGAUGUACAAUGAAAUACAAUUUUUUUUAGGAAAUCUGAAUUAGACUGUGCUCUGUUAUUCACUGUUAUAUUUUUCUCAUAAGUCAUUAUGAAACUUGUAUUUUGAUUUCAUUUCAGGUAUAUUGAAAGGAAAUAAAUGGCAUCUGAGAGUCGAUUUGGAUCCAUUUUGUCUUCAGAAUCUAUUAAAGUUAUAUCAGAAUCCAUUGGAAUCUCUGGCUUAGCAGAUGAAGCAGCUUCAUUUUUGUCAGAGGACAUAUCAUACAGGCUUAAGCUUAUUGUGCAGGUACCUGUCAUUAUAUCUGGAGAAAUUGAUUUGUAAUGAAAUUAUGUUUACAUCUUUUUAAUUAUAAUGUAAUUAGCAGUUUUAACUUUUCAAGAACCAAAGACUCUUGAUUGUUAAGUGACUUUCAUACUUAAUUAGAUGACUUAGAUUUUAAAAUCAUCUAUUUGUAUUUAACACACACAACUCUGUAGUGACUAUAGAACUUGUUUUUUUUUUUGUGGAUAAAUUUUCUUUGGCAAAAAAUAACUAUAAGAUUCUCAAUUAAAUAAUAAGAGUUUUUUAAACACUAAAAAUAUUUACUUGCAGAUUCCAUUUAAUAUUAUCUUUUCUCAGGAAGCUGAAAAAUUGCGACAGCAUGGGAGAAGAACCAAGCUAACGUGUUUGGAUUUUGAUCAAGCAUUACAAAUAAAAAAUGUUGAGGUAUAACAUAUAGGCUGGUUCCCAAAAUUUCUUAAAGGAUCCUGCAAAAAUAUUUUAACGAUGGGUUGAUAACUAUGCAGAAAUAAAAAUUUAGGUUUAAAAUAUUUAUAGUGGCAUGAAGAAUGUCACACACCAAUUUAAAUAUAAUUUUUAAUGUAUUGUGAAUUGUUUAAGUGAUUGAUGACUUAGUUAUUUUAAUGUAUGAACAACUUCAGCUUUCUUUACCAAUAAUAGUAAAUAAUUUAAUUAUGAUGGUUCUUGAUGAUUCUAGCCAAUAUAUGGCCACACCAAUAAAGAUGGCUACAUCCCCUUUCGGCAUGCUAGCGGGGGCGGGCGAGAAAUCUUUUUUACUGAAGAAAAAGAAGUAGACCUUCAUGCUGUUGUAGCAGAUCCCCUGCCAAAAAUACCAAAUGAUGUCACUUUAAAAGGUUUGGAACUGACAUAACCACAGUAUAGUUGAAAAAUAUAAUUUUUUUUUUCUCAUUUUAAAAGAUAUGUUUAUGUAGAUAUUGUUUCAGAUGCAUUUAAAAGUUAGUGCCUAAUUCUAUUUUAAAAUGUCAAUAAGUAUACCUACUUUCUAGCUCACUGGCUGUCCAUUGACGGUGUUCAGCCUGCUUUACCUGAAAAUCCUCCACCUGCCACUAAAGACCUUCAGAAACAGGAGAUCCUGGAUACAUCUCUGAAAUCUGGUGGAAACAGGCAAUUGAAACGCCCACACUUAGAUGCCAACAAACAUAAGCAUCAUAAUAAACACAAAGAAGCAGUGAUGCUUAAAAAUUUGGCCACUCAUGAACUGUCUGUUGUGAGUUUUUCAGCAUCAUGUGUCCACAGAUUUGAAUUUUUCUCAUUUACUUGCAAUCAUUGUAAUUAAAACUCAUCUUAAUAUGAGUGUUGAUACUUAGCUGAGAAGAUGUGCUUUUAUUAUUUAUUGCUUAAUUAUUUAAAAUAACUGCAACUUGAUUAGAAUACUUUUAUCCACAUAAAGUUUAAUUGUAUAUCAUCAAAAUAUUACUCAUUUACUUAUUAUAGUUUUUGUACUAUUCUGUUUGAUGAGCAGUAUAUUUUGAUUAUGUGUCAAAGUCCUAAAGUUAUCACUUAAUAACUGAAUGAAGCUUAUUUUUGACUUGGGAAUACUUGCUGAUAUGUCAUGUAAUAACCACUUCAAUUUGCAUUAGACUUUGAUUUAAAAUUAUUAUAAGCUUCAUUUGUUUUUCCUUACAUUUGCAACAUUACAGGAGCAGCAGUAUUACUACAAAGAAAUAACUGAAAGUUGUGUUGGCCCUGAUGAACAGAAAAGAUCUGUGAGCAAAAGAGUAUAUUUUCAAUAAUUCCUUUUCCAGCCAUUAUUUAUUCUUAAUUUUUUUAAAAAGGAAUUUAUUGAAAUAUAUUUACAGAUAAAUUAUUAAUAUGUAAUUAUGAGAUAUAAUUUAAAUAUAUAUAACAUACAUUUCUUAAAACAUUCUUGUGAUUUUUUUUUAAAUUUGACUGUAAUGUAAGAAAACAUAACCUCACAUUUCUAUUUAUUUUGUAAAUGUUUCACUUUUAUAAUCCUGCGGUUUUAUUAUACUAAAGGAAGCACUGCAGAGUUUACAGUUUGAUCCAGGUCUCCAUCAAAUGCUACCAAGGUUUGUGGCUUUUGCUUCUGAGGGCGUCAAGAUCAACGCUGUGCAGAAUAAUCUCGCUCUUCUUAUCUACCUCAUGAGAAUGGUCAAAUCUUUGCUAGACAACCAAACCAUUUAUUUGGAUAAAUAUGUAAGUAAUCAUUUCCAUUCUGUUAUUGGGUGUAAAUUUAAAAUGUUUUGAAUCUUAAUAAACUAAUAACAUAAAUUUUAGGAUGCGGCUAUUCGGACCCGGGUCCCUGUAGACAAAAUGGCUAUUCGGACCCGGAGUGGUUCCAUAUAGAUUAAAUGGCUUCGGACCCGGGUGCAGUAAUAGUAUGAUUAUUUUUAAAAAAAAAUUUUUUCUCUCAAUUGUUAUUUCAUAGAUUCAUAGUUUUAUUCUUUUUUUUUUUUUCUUUUUGCUUUGUUAAAGUUCUUAGUAGUUUUUUUUUUUAAUUUUUUUUAAUUUUCAGCAAUGUUCGUAGAUUAAGGUUUUAUUUAUAUCUAGUAAUCAAGAUAAAAGAGAUACAUUUAUAUUUUUUAUAUUAUAUUUUUUUUCUUUAUUUUUUUUUUAUUUUUUCAUUUUUUUUUUUUUUUUUUUUUUUUCUUUUUGCUUUGUUAAAGUUCUUAGUAGUUUUUUUUUCUAAUUUUCUUUAAUUUUCAGCAAUGUUCGUAGAUCAAGGUUUUAUUUAUAUCUAGUAAUCAAGAUAAAAGAGAUACAUUUAUUUUCAUGAGAAUUUUAGAAAACUAAUAAUAUUAAUGUACAGUAAUUAUUAAGAUUAAAUCCUUCAUUAAUUUAGAUUUAUCUGUAUUAUUUAAGUUAAAAGUAAAAGAUUUAAUUACACAGUACUUAAUGGAAUAAUUAGGUAUGCUAAAUGAAAAUUUAAUUCAAAAUGAAUUAAAUUCAACUAUUCCUCUAAAGAGAGCUUGGCUUAAUCAGAACAAAAAACCUCACCUUUUCGCUGGGAUUGGUAGUAAUACAUCUGAACACCAAUUGUUUUUCCUGAUAACUCAUUCGUAACUCUAAUCUCCUCUCAAUAAUCUUUCUCAUACUUGACUUAAUUCACAAGAUAGUUGGAAUGAACAUCUUGGAGGAUGCAAUUGCAUAAAGCAUGAGAAAUAGACUUAUUAUUUUGAAGGGCUAGUCCUUUUUUCAACCAUACCUGGCUACUGGGUAUAAAAUACAGGCACAUGAUUAAAAAUUUAAUAAUAAAAAAAAAAUUAAGUGAAAGUGGUUUCUAAACAUUUUUGUUUAGUUUUUUAUUUGAGUUUGUGUACCAGUAAUCCAUAAAAUAAAUUAGGGGCCAGUAUGGAGUAGGCAACCAAUUAAAGUAAAAGAUUUCAUUUUAAAUUGUUUAAAUUGCUGCAAAAUAUUUAAAAACUUCUCAUAAACUAUUGUAGCUAAUGAACAUGAUAAUAUAAAUAUAAUAUAAAAUAUUUUUAAUUAAAAUGGGGAAGAAAAAAAAAAUCGAUCCCAUACUGGGAACCUGGGAAUGGAUACUGAAAUAUAAUAUCGUCAAGCGGUCACUCUACCACAAGACCACACAAGAUCUUAUUUAUCAGGCAUAUCUUAAAACUAGACCAAUUGGACAAUUUUGCUGCGGUGCAACCGCCACAUGAUCAAUGGAAAAUGGACCCCACGUGAUCAGUCGGGUCCGAAUAGCGAUUUUGGCUAACAGGACCCGCGUCCUAGCCACUUCGUAAAUUUUAUAUGGUCUCCAUAUCUGAACAACUUAAAAAUGUGUAAUUCUUAACUCAUUGGUCACUGAUCCUAGUGCCAUUUCUUAGCAGAAUCUACAUGUGCCUUGACACAUGACGUUCAUUAAAUGAGUUAUAUAUUUUUAACUACCAAUUGUGUGUUUCUCAGAGUUUCUGUUAUAAUUCAUAUUAGUUUUAGAGUAGCCGUUUGUUAACUUUAAACAAAUUUAUAAAGAUCAUUUUUAAUUAGCUUUUAUUGCUUUCUACUUGUAUGUGGUUGAUUUUUUUUGUGGUAAUCAUUUAUUAACAAGACUAGCCAACUUUCAUUUUUUUCACUUCUUAUUCAUCAGCUUCAUGACCUGCUGCCAACAGUGAUGACAUGUGUUGUGAGUCGUCAGCUGUGUCUGCGACCUGACAUGGACAACCACUGGGCACUACGAGACUUUGCAGCAAGACUGGUGGCACAGAUUUGCCGGUCUGUUCAUAUAUUUAUAUUGUUUUAUUUAAAAUAAGAAGAAAAAAAGCUUUUUUUGGUUAUAUAUUUCGCACAAAUAUAAAUAGAAAAAGCACAUUUCACAAAUAUUUUCAAAGUUUUGCUUUUAUUUUCUAGGAAUUACAGUAAUAAUACCAAUAACAUACAAGCCAGGGUGACAAAAAAGUUUAGCAAAGCUAUCCAGAGUGAGAAUGUAGCACUAGCUACCCAAUAUGGUGCACUGGCAGGUCUUGGAGAGCUGGGACCAGAGGUCAACUGAUUUAAUUUAUUACUUUUUAGCCUGAACUUGCUCUCUACUUCGCACUUCAUUUAGCAGUUGUCGCUUGCCUUGUUAACAGGCUAAACUAUAUAUGAUGUAAGAAAGCUAACAAAAUCGUGAAGAUGUAUGCUUAGUUUCUUUUCAUUCAAAUGGCAAACAGGGUUAUUUUGACCAAUGAAACUUUUCUCAUCGUUUAUUGGAAUGAUAGACUUGUAUUUAAUUGUUAUAAAUGUAUUUCUAAAGUUCAGUUUAUAUUUUCUAUUGAACUAGUAGGUGAUCAAGUCAUGUUUGCUUCCAUACAUAUGCAUACUGGGGGAUAGGAUCAAAUCAGUCAAUGAAGGGACAGCACUAAACAGUGUGGACAAGAUUGCUGCUGAACACAUCAAAAGGCAGCUUCUGGUAAGAUAAUUUUGUCAUAAAAGCUACAUAAAAGUCAGUUUUUAAAUAAAAUCCUCUCAAAAUAAUGCAAAUUUGUUUGCAAGAGGAAAGCAUUUUAAUGAACCCUGACAUGCAUCUUAAUUUCAAAUUACAUUUUGUGCACUGGAGCAAAAUUUUUAUAGAAUUGAAUCAUUUUGUAAAUUUCCCUAAAAUACUUCUGUUAUUUUUUCCCCCACAUAAAGAAAUAUCUUCCUGCUGUCCUCAAAACAUUUCACAACAGUACUGAAACUGUUGAUGAGUUUAAUGUUGCCUAUGGCUACCUGGGACCUAUGAUGUUUUCAAUGUUUUCUCAAAAAGAGAAGAGUUUGGCAGCUACGACCUCAGCAGUUCACCAACUUGCUGUACCCAGAUCAACAUUGCAAUUGACACAGGUUAAAUACAUUUUUUUAACAAUUUUAUUUCUGAAUUUUUUUUCAUCAAAUGCAUAUUGUAGGGGGACAGCACGAUAGCAAAGAAUUUUUUUUUAUAUGCUUGGCUCCUAUGGUUUCACUUUCAGCGCUAGAUAAACAGUUGAUUUUAUUUAUUGUUUGGAGUUAUUUUAUUAUUUUAUAUUUUGGAAUAAUUUUAUAUUUUGGAAUAAAAAUGUUAACGACUUAAGAUAAAACAAAAAUAUUUUUAAAAUAAAGAGAUAUAUGUUUACCAUUUUUUUCAGCGACCACCACAAAUAGUGAUUCAACAGCAGCCUAGUACACCUGUUCCAUUAAUCUCAUCGCCUUUUCUUAAUCCCUCACCUGGACUCUCCUCUAUUAACACCCGACCGCUGUCUUCGCUACCCUCAACGCCAACUGGUGUACCAGGACAAAAAUUUGUUAUAGUUUCUCAAACAAGACCCUCAACACCUAUAGGCACACCAACUCAGGCUGCACCCUUGGUGAAACUGGUUACAACUCAACAGUCUUCUCUAACAACCAGUAUUUCAGCAGGCCCUCAAAAAAUUGUUGUGAUUCAAGGUGGCCCUAAGCCUGAAGAUAGUGUUGGUGGAGGCAUACGCACAACACUUUUGAGUGGACCCCCAGCCACAACAUUUGUUCAACAGCCUUCUACUACAACUUCUAGUAAUAUAAGUGGCAAUGAUACUUUGUAAUAAAUUUUUAUACACAAAAAAAGCAUCAAGAUAAGAGUUAUUUUUAAUUAACAACAAACAUACUUUCUACUGAAGUAAUUUCCAAAUCACGUUGGAUAAAAUUUUGAUUUUAAAAAAAUAGGCAAGUAGGGCAAAGUUAAAAAAAAUUCAUAUGACCUUAUGAUGACAUAAGCUUCAACAAUUCACUUUUAAAAAUAACAUUUGAAAAUCAUUCUUUUAAUUUUAUGUUAUUUUUUUAUUUCCCUUUGCAUUUCAUUUGUAAAACAAAUAAAACAACAAAAAAUCUGUACCGUAUUUGAAAGUUGUUGCAUUGAAAAUAUUAUGUUUAUGUAGUUUUUACCAUUAAAUGUUUGCUGGCUUUAGUACUUUGGUAAAUAUUUACCAAUUUAAACUGCACAGUUAUAAAAAAUAAAGACUUAUUAAAAAGAUUCAUUGUCCAAUAUUUUUUCUUCCAUAUCCUUCAUUUAAAAGAAAGAAGCUACUACAGAUUCAUGCACCUUAGGUCAUGUCUCCAUCUGUAUUUAUUCUAUUGUUUGUACUGCAUGGGUGAAAAUUAAUUCUUAAAUGGCAUUUAAAUUUUUAAAAAAGAAUUAAUCAACGUUCUGUUUAUGAAAAUUUGGUAAAUAUAUUUUCUUGACAUGGCUGCAUUUGUUAUAUGCACUCUGUUUAAAAACAGAAUUUAUGCCGCCAUCUUAUGUUUGCAUCAUUAUUAUUACAUAAUUGGUAAAUUAGGGACAUGAUUUUAAAUAUAGAUUAAAACUAUUAGUACUCUUGAGACUUACUAAAUUGUAGCUUUGCAGUGUUCUGCAAAUCAGUGAUGUCGGGGUAUACGAGCUUUUGGUUGAGAUACCUAAUAUGUGAAUAAACGCACAUCACCUGAGUGUAAUUAAAACAAAUUUGAUAAAAUUAGGAAAAGGCUUUCAAUGUAGUCUAACUUUAUAUGAUUAGGCCAAUGUUAAACAAGUACUAAAUGAAAGAACUUGCACAAUGAGUGAUAAAAAUAUUUUCCAGUUUUGUUUACUUAAAAAAUUUAGAAAUGUUUCCCUUCUUCUUCUUAUAUUUGAGGGUCCCACAAUCAAUUUGUUGAUCAUUCUGGCUCCUGGUUUAAAUUCAGAGUUUGCCUUCUCUUAGUUGGGUUGCCAUCCAAGGCUAACCAGUCCCAUCCACCCAGGGUGCUUGGGAUGUUGGCUUUGGUGGGGAUUGAACUCCAGACCAUCAGCUAUUUGGUUAGAGACAGUUUAGACCGCUCGGCCACCCAGCAAGAUGUUAUUGUAUUUUUUAAUUCAUAACAUAUGCUAUUAGGCUCUCUCUGCAGCUGUUCUUUGUAACAAAAUAACCCGAAGAGAGAGUUGCAGAGAGGAAUGCCCUAUAAAACACUCUUUACAACUCUACUACACAUUGAUUUCAAAUUUCAUCGAUAUGGAAUUUACCUAAUUGAUCAACAUGUUAAAAUUUAACAAAUUUGUCAAC